CUUAUGUGGUUGCUUUACAAAUCCCUGAAAACUUGAGAGAUUUUGUUCUUCCCUUGCUGUUUGUUUCUCUAUUUUCCCCCAGUUAGAUUAACAUCCCUUCAAAGCAAAAAAAUGGCUUCAAAAAGAAGGGGACCUUCAAGGCCCCAUUCCCUCAGCACCUAUGAAUCCCUGUUUGCAACUCUCUUUGCCAUACUGGUGUUGCUCUUUGCUGGAUUAUUUGCAGUGUCUUGGCUGGUAAUUGAGGGAUCAGAAAGAGAUGCAGUAUUUGGAAGAAGUCACAAAGCCAGAGGGACAUUGAAAAUAACAUCUGGAGCAACAUAUAAUCCUAAUUUUCAAGACAAACUCUCAGUGGAUUUCAAGAUUCUUGCUUUUGACCUUCAGCAAAUGAUAGAUGAGAUCUUUCAAUCAAGUAAUCUGAAAAAUGAAUAUAAAAACUCAAGAGUCUUACAAUUUGAAAAUGGCAGCGUUAUAGUCAUAUUUGAUCUUUUCUUUGCCCAUUGGGUGUCAGAUGAAAAUGUAAAAGAAGAACUGAUUCAAGGCAUUGAAGCAAAUAAAUCCAGCCAACUGGUGACUUUCCAUAUUGAUUUGAACAGCAUCAAUAUCACAGCAUCUUUGAAGAAUUUCUCAACAGUAAGCCCUGCAACAACUUCAGAAAGUGUUUCAGUAGAGUGCCCCUCUGGUUCAAGACCUUGUGCUGAUGGUCUAAAGUGUAUAGCAAUUGAUUUAUUUUGUGAUGGAGAAUUAAACUGUCCAGAUGGUUCUGAUGAAGACAAUAAAACUUGUGCCACAGCCUGUGAUGGAAGAUUUUUGUUGACUGGAUCUUCUGGGUCCUUCCAGGCCUCCCAGUAUCCAAAACCUUCUAAACCAAGCAUUGUUUGCCAGUGGAUUAUAUGUGUAAACCAAGGACUUGCCAUUAAAUUAAGCUUCGAUUCUUUUAACACAUUCUAUACGGAUGUACUGAAUAUUUAUGAAGGUGUGGGUGCAAGUAAAAUUUUAAGAGCUUCUCUCUGGGAAACUAAUCCUGGCACAAUUAGGAUUUUUUCCAACAAGGUUACUGCCACCUUUCUUAUAGAAUCUGACGAAAAUGAUUAUAUUGGAUUUAAUGCAACAUAUACUGCAUUUAACAGCAGAGAGCUUAAUAAUUCUGAGAAAAUUAACUGUAAUUUUGAAGAUGGCUUUUGUUUCUGGGUCCAAGAUCUAAAUGAUGAUAAUGAAUGGGAAAGGGUUCAGGGAAACACCUUUCCUCCCCUUACUGGACCAAAUUUUGACCACACUUUUGGCAAUGUUUCAGGAUUUUACAUUUCCACCCCAACUGGACCAGGAGGAAGACAAGAAAGAGUAGGACUUUUAAGUCUCUCCUUAGACCCCAUGUUGGAACCGGUCUGCCUCAGUUUCUGGUAUUUUAUGUAUGGUGAAAAUGUCUAUAAAUUAAGCAUUAAUAUCAGCAGUGAUCAAAACAUGGAGAAGACAGUUUUCCAAAAGGAAGGCAAUUAUGGAGAAAACUGGAAUUAUGGACAAGUAACAUUAAAUGAAACAGUGGGAUUUAAGAUUGCUUUCAAUGCUUUUAAACACCAGUUUCUGAGUGAUAUUGCUUUGGAUGACAUUAGCCUGUCACACGGGAUUUGCAAUGUGAGUCUUUAUCCAGAGCCCACUUUGGUGCCAACUCCUCCACCAGAAAUCCCUACGGACUGUGGUGGACCUUUUGAACUGUGGGAGCCAAACACGACAUUCACUUCUAUGAACUUUCCAAACAGCUACCCUAAUCAGGCUUUCUGUGUUUGGAACUUAAAUGCACAGAAGGGAAAGAAUAUACAACUUCAUUUUCAAGAAUUUGACUUAGAAAAUAUUGCAGAUGUAGUUGAAAUCAGAGAUGGUAGAGGUGAUGAUUCCUUGCUCUUAGCUGUGUACACGGGGCCUGGUCCAGUAAAGGACGUGUUUUCAACCACCAAUACGCUGACAGUGCUUUUCAUUACUAACAAUCUGUUGGCAAAAGAGGGAUUUAAAGCAAACUUCACUACUGGCUAUCAUUUGGGCAUUCCAGAGCCUUGCAAAGAAGACUAUUUUCAGUGUAAGAAUGGAGAAUGUGUCCCACUGAUGAAUCUCUGUGACAGUUUCCUGCACUGUAAGGAUGGCUCAGAUGAAACACAUUGUGUGCGUCUUUUCAAUGACACAACAAACAGUGGUUUGGUGGAGUUCAGAAUCCAGAACACUUGGCAUGUAGCUUGUGCUGAGAACUGGACCACCCAGAUUUCAGAUGAUGUUUGUCAACUGCUGGGACUUGGGAGUGGAAACUCAUCAAUGCCAAUCUUCUCUACUGGAGGUGGACCAUUUGUAAAAUUAAACACAGCACCUAAUGGCAGCUUAAUAUUAACACCAAGUAAACAGUGUUUACAGGAUUCACUGAUUCUGUUACAGUGUAACCAUAAAUCAUGUGGACAAAAACUGGUGGCUCAAGAAGUCAGCCCAAAGAUAGUUGGAGGAAAUAAUGCCCAGGAGGGAGCCUGGCCCUGGCUCACUGCUCUGUAUUAUAACGGCCAGCUGCUCUGUGGGGCUUCUCUUGUCAGCAACGACUGGCUGGUGUCUGCCGCCCACUGCGUGUACGGGAGAAACUUAGGGACAUCUACAUGGAAAGCAGUGUUAGGCCUGCAUAUGACAUCAAAUCUGACUUCCCCUCAAAUAGUGACUCGGUUGAUCGAUCAAAUUGUUAUAAACCCACAUUAUGACAAACGGAGAAAGGACAAUGAUGUGGCCAUUAUGCACCUUGAAUUUAAAGUGAAUUAUACAGAUUAUAUACAACCUAUUUGUUUACCAGACAAAAAUCAAGUUCUUCCUCCAGGAAGAAUUUGUUCUAUUGCUGGCUGGGGGAGAGUAGUACAUCAAGGUCCCACUGCAAAUAUAUUGCAAGAAGCUGAUGUUCCUCUCCUAGGAAAUGAAAAAUGCCAACAACAGAUGCCAGAAUACAACAUCACAGAAAAUAUGAUAUGUGCAGGCUACGAAGAAGGAGGAAUCGAUUCUUGUCAGGGGGAUUCAGGAGGACCGUUAAUGUGCCAGGAAAACAACAGGUGGUUCCUGGCUGGAGUGACAUCAUAUGGGCACCAGUGUGCACGGCCUAACCGUCCAGGAGUGUAUGCCCGGGUCCUGAGGUUCACAGAAUGGAUACAAAGUUUUCUACAUAAGAGUGUUCCAAACAUGAAAAUCAGGCAGUUUUCCCCAUUCUACUCUAAGGAGCAAGGAAAUAGAGAGUUCUGUUAAAAAAAAAAGUUUCUAAAAGCCUUAUUCUUAUCUAAGCCACUGAAAUGCUGGGGGUAAAAAGAACAAAAAAUAUGUAUCUUUACAAUACAAACUAACUUUAAUACAUUUUGAUUUU